GUGAUCACUGGUUUCAACAUUGUACAAUCAAUCGGGUAGCUCGUGUUGCGUGAGACAACAGCCUUGAGGCCAUUAGACACACAAUGUUGGGCGAUUCGUCCACUUAUGGCCAUCCUCCCGGGACAGAAGAGGAUGGCGAAUCAUCCCGACCCACUGGUAGCGCAUCCGCAGGGUUGGAUUCGGACGACGAGGGAUUAACAUUUGACUCUCCGCAAGAUGAAGCCUCGCACUAUAGAGAGAAAUAUCGUCGGAUCAUGGAUGCGUUAGAUGAGACAAGAGCAGAGCUGGACGAAUUUCAGGCUUCGUCAAAAGAGCUCGAGGAUGAGCUGGAGAAAGAGCUUGCGGCUACGGAGAAACAGAAAUCCGAGCUCAAAGAUAAGAUUCGGCGUCUAGAAACGGAGAAAGAGGAAUGGAUGGCGAAACACAUCGCUCUCCAAAAGCUACACAGCUCCACAGUGGGUAAUAUGCAGAGGGAGAUGGACAAUCUCCGCUCGGAAAGAGAUAAGACGCUAGUUGCGCUGAGGGAUCUGGAGAUGGGGAAUGAUGAGCUAGAGAGAAACGAACGCGUGGCCGUGUCUUCCCUUCUUGACUUGGAAAGCAAAUACAACCGAGCGAUAGAGGAGAAGACGCUUUUGGAGCAAGAAGUUGUUCAGCGCCAAGAGCUGGAGGAGGAAUGCCAGCGACUGAAAGAUGACCUCAGAGAUGCGAACACCGAGAUUGGAAUUUUACGCGAUCAAGCCACUCGCGGUGUGCCUACUCCUCCUUCCUCAGUUUCCGUUACCAUGUCUCCGAAAGAAGAGCCAUCCCAAGACUUACCCCUUGAUCAUUCCUCUUCUCUUGAGGCUUCCUUCAGCGGACAGCCCCAGAGACACCGCCCUUCCAAGACGCCAGGCUCUGAUGAAUCGCGACCUGGCCUUCGUGGUAUUCCCAAAAGUCCGACCGUCUCCUCCAUCCCUACAAUGUCACCUUCCGCGAAAAAGUUGUCUUCAGUUGCAGACUCGCCCAUCGCUAGCUUGUCAAGGUCCUCGACGCUCAGGAAUAUGGCCGCAAAUGGCGUCACAGCCUCGCCCUCCCUCAGAAGAGUCCGUGGGGGCUUACCUGCUGCUUCUCCGGGUAGAGUGGCCAACGCCAAUCUCGCAGCGAAAAACAAGGGUUUCAAGCUGUUGCACGAGUUGCAGGCUCGACUCAAAGCUACGGAUGACAAGCUGGGAACCAGGGUCCCAAAGCGCAAUGUCUCUGCACCUAUGCCUCUAGGUCAGAGUAAGCGGAAUGUUUCGAAUCUAUCGACAGUGAAUGCACCUGCACACUUCAAAGCAUCGCAUUCUCGUGUCACUGACCUCCAGAAACCCGACAUGACGCCGGUAGCGGAUGCCGACAAAUCCGGUGCGACGUUCCUAUCACCCAACGGCUGGGUCAUGGUGGACGAUGAGGAUACUCCGACCAAUCAGAACCAUGGGAUGCCGCGUGAACCUGUGUCUCCUCUGAUGGCCAAUUUCCGCAGCACUUCUUCAGCAUCGACAUCUUCUAAACCUCUCCCUAGCCGGCCAGGUAUCCCUUCACCACUCGCUGCGUCUCUGAGCAAAUCUACCAAUCGACCAGCUUCCAGAUCUUCCAAUCUGGCUCUAUCGUCCAGAGCGCCAUCUCGACUACAUGAUGAUGGCGGAGGGGGUAAAGCGACGGGGAUGACGAAAUCGGAUUCUGGACGAUUUGCUUCGACGCGUUCAGUCACCUCGUCAGUCAUGGCUACGCCCAACGGCAUGUCGAGAUCAUCUUCACGCCAAGCGCUCGCGGAUUCAAGACCCAUGUCACCGAGCAUGAUCCCUCACAGUACGCGAUCACACAUGCGAUCACCUACACCCAACCUGACUGGCGUCUUAUCUGCCUCUACUUCGCGUGCGCCUUCACGACAAGGAGCUACUCGAAGUAUAGGCAAAGGUCCACCUCCCGCUAUAACGACUCAAUACCCUCACUCCGCCGGGUUGACAAGUAGCACCAGUCAACCUGCUUCAACGCCAUCGGGAUUCAAGCGAUCGAAGAGACGAUCAAGCGUCGGCGUAGGACUGGAGGGAGGAGAUUUACCGCCUACUGGAAUUCCAGCUCCUAAAGCUAGUCCUGGGAGACCCAUCUCUGUCCCUGUCUUUGGAGCCAAUACUCCUCCUCCUGUUCCUAGGAUACCAUCGGCGCAUCUGCGAGAAUCGGCCAGAAGAUCGGGAUUUAUAGGCAAGGAACGGCCAAAGAGUCAGUUGGGAAUGUGAGCGUUGCACUGUGCACCGGCAUUGUUUGUUGGCGGGAGUCUUGGAUCACAUUGAAAUAGAUCGCAUGGUAUCUUGUCUUGUAGCAUAUGCGUUAUAAUGCCAUGGAUCUUCAGAGACGUGCUCUGUGUACCUGUACA